UAUGACAUUUACAAUUGCAGGGCUCCUCAGAUUUACUUCCAUAAAGGAACAGUCAAGAAGUUAGAGUCGGAAGUCGUAAGGGCUAGCAAGCUAAAAUGCACCAGUUGCGGUAAAAAGGGAGCCGUUCUUGGGUGCUACAUGAAAUCAUGCCAACGAACUUACCAUGUGCCGCGUGCAUACGACAUCCCUGAUUUCAGAUGGGAUUCGCUAAUUCUUGUUGCUGUGUCCCGACCAUGUUUGAUGUUUCUCACAAAUUUCCGAAAGAAAAAAGUCAAAAGUCAAAAGUCAAAAUCCAAGAAACAAGUCACCAAAAAAACAAUAUCUACAAAUGUGAAUCGUUGCACAACGUUGCAAGAUGGUGGAAAGAAUUUGGUGUUAUGUGGUUCAUCUCUUUCUGCAGAACAAAAGUUUAUGAUGGUUGACUUUGCGAGAACUAACGGAGCAUUAGUGUCAAAGUACUGGAAAGAUAACGUCACACAUGUGAUCGCUGCCACAGAUGCAAAUGGCGCAUGCACACAUCGAAAAUGGGUUGUUACAAUGGAAUGGUUAAAGGCGUGUGUAGAGGCUGGGCGUAUUGUGAACGAAGAAACAUACGAAGUACAUUUAGAUACACAUGGUUGUUCCGGUGGGCCCACAGCAGGGAGGUUAAGAGCUCUAAGUAAUGCUCCGAAACUUUUCAACAACAUGAAGUUUUAUUUUGUUGGUGAUUUCGUUCAAGCUUUCAAGAGCGAUCUCUUAAACUUGGUGAUUUCGUACCAGGCUGCUGUUUUAAAAAAACCGAUUUGCUGAUACGAUAUUUAAAGCUUGAGAAAAGACACUCAAUGAGGCUGGGGUUGCAAGAUCUGUAGGAGUGGGAUUCGCAGCAGUUUGGCAAUUAGCACUUGUGACACAUGUUGUGGUGCCUUUAGUUGCUAUAAUUGGAGUUAUUCAUAUGGCUACAUUGGAUAAAUUGUCUUCUAAAAGCCACGAAGCUUUUUUAGAAGCAAGAAGCAUUGUUGAGCCGGCGAUAACAACUUGAUUGUUACUGCUCGCCUUCAUAUAUAGUUAAAUGAUGUUAGAAACAGAUCCGAGGCCAAGUUUUGAUGAUGGGAUCAUAUUGAGGAGUUAGGUGGUGGAUCUG